GUGAAAGCAGGGUUCAGAUCGAUGCAGUAACUGGUCUCCCAGAUCUAGUUAAACUACUCACAGAAUCUGAAGAUGAGGAAUUCUCAAAAGCUGUUAAAUACCUUCUACAAAUGUGCAUUGCCAGAAAUGAGAAGAAUUCAGUUGAAGCUGAAGAGGAAAGUCUGGAUGCUGUCAGGAGAGAAAAUGGAAAGAAAAUGUUGUUGAAAAUUGAUGAGAUAAGUGAAAGACUGAAAGCAAUUGAAAAAGAAGCCGAAGAAAAAAGCUUGGGACUACAUCAAACAGGACAAGGAAAAGAAACAAUGAAGAAGACAUGCUGUGAUGCUGUGUCCAUGACACCACAGGAGAAAAAUCUCCUUUUUCAGCUACAACAGGAAAGAGAAGACAGAAAGAGGAUGGAGUCUUUAGCAUUUCAAAUGCAUGCACCAUCACCUCUUUUUCCGCAGUAUGGUUUGAUGUCAAGGCAGUGUUUGUCUGAAGAAAACUUUCCAGUUCAGGGACAAUCCUUCAUAGAGUCUGAUAGGCAAAGACUCCACCGUCAGCUAUUAUGUUGUACACCAGAAAUCUUACAUCACCAGAAUUUUAAUACAGAACAUCUUAACAUGAGCCGUAACUGCCAAGAAUACCCACGUAGAGUUCAGAAUGUUGGUUGUCCUGUAGACCAUGGAUCCUGUGUCAUAGCACCUGAUGCAAAUACAAGAAUACCCAUCACAAAUCAUCCAGGCACACAAUAUAAUUCUAGGAAUGCAAAUUCUUUGCAAGAAAUAAAUGCAGAUUGUGAAACAAUUCAUCAUUAUUCUGAGCAGCCUUCAAGUAAUACUCAAAUUAAAAGUUUUCCCACAAAAAUAAAUCCUUUAAAAAGUUAUCUCCUGGACCAUCGAGGGGACAGAGACAGGGAUAAUCAUUGUCCAGAAAGUUAUGAGAAUAAAAGAUGUUCUACAUCAAACAUCAAUGGCCUGGACUUAAACAAAGGCCAGGAAGGUGUCAGUGAAAUUGAUCAAAUGGCUGAUACUACUAUAAAUGACAAGUGUGAAAGUUCAAGUAGGAUCACUUCAGGGAAGAACAUAGCUAGCUCUAAUUUGUUAUAUCCAGAUGUAGGACCAGAAGGAUUGGCACAAGCUGAUAGAGAGGUUAAGAUACAUGAGGAACCAAUGACGGUAACAUCUACCUCUGCAACAGACAUACCCAAAAGGUCAACCUCAAGUGAUCAUUUUACAGACAGUCCUCUGAAAAUAUCGGAGAAGACACCUGUUAAAGAAAAGGGCAGAAGUUCACAUCCUCAGGAAUCCAGGACAAAUGUUUCUAGCAAUGUUUUAACGAACAAAUCCCAAAACUCAUGUAGUGAAAGAAAUUACAGUACAAGUUUCACAGGUGAUAAUAAUGCGAGCUGUGAACUCAACUCUUCUGUGGCAAAGUCAUGUUCAAUUACUAAGAGUGAGAAAAAUAAUGUGUUUGUCAAACCAAAGCCUCCUCCAAUGGCCAGUUGCUAUUUAACACCAGUAAAGCGCCCUGUUAAUACAAGAAUGACUCCAUCACUAGAUAGCAGGUGUUGGUCAUAUUCAUCAGUCAGGAGUGGACCAUCAUUGUAUCCAAAAUCAAACCUUGAAGAAUCAUACCCUGACUCUGACUGCAGCUCUGUUAUAGAUACAAGGUCUGAAUUUGAUUUUGACUUGGUAAAGGCUGCCAAGAAAAACAGAUUAUCACAAAAUAUAUGCUAUAAUGUGACUCCCAUACGACGUAAUUCACUGUUUACCAAAGGACAUCAGAGUUGCCGCAUUGGAAUCCGAGAGGGCCCAUUAAACAUUAAGAGUACACCAUGUAGUGUCAAAUCUAUUGGAACGGUGAGAGCUCGAGAUCAUAAGGAAACCUUCAAUGAAAGUUUUUCAGAAACAGUUUCCAGUGAUGAAGGAAGUCUUACUGAUGGUGGAGCUGAUGCUGAAAGCUGUGGAAACUCGACCAAAGAGAAUUUGGAGUGCUGUGAUAGUCAAAAAUCGUGUGAAGAGUUGAGAGUCUCAAAGUGUCCAGGUGAUUAAUAAUUGGAAUAGUAAUUGGUAGAUAAUUUAUACCACACCUAAACGUGAUCAGUUUUAUUUCUUGUCUUCAUAAUUGAAGAUGAUGAUUUACUAUCAUUCCAAUGAAGAAGGCUUCAACGUUUCACAUAGAUACUGGCAUUAUGAAUUGGAUAUAAACAUAUUGUACUUAGCCUACAAAAU